UUGUUACGAUCCUGUCCAGGAUAGCAUAUUAUACUAUCGUUAUUAAAAACAUCAGUCGCAGUGUGCCCACCCACCAAGAUGGCUCCUUUACGGGGCAAUACUCGAAGUUUGACGUGAAGUUAUUUACACGCCUGGAAUUUAACACUGUCCAGAAAAGUGUUAGAUAUUUUUUGGUGCGGUGUGUAUGCAGGAAAAGAAGUCAAGAUAGUAGACGAACGGUAAAAAGCGGUGAAGGUUCUGUCGAAUUUUAGAAAAGUUUCAACGAGACGGCCGGUCGGCUCGUGAGAUCGCUCAACGAAGAAAUAUAUGUAUCUGUAUGACUUUCAUGCGAGUAUAGCACAUCAAUUUUAAGAUAUAUGUCAUCAAUCCUAUUACGUACCAUACUUUUUAAAAGAUAAUUUUCCUUGAAAUUGUACUGAAGUUGGAAUAUAUUGUAUUUCAUAUAUAUAACUUUUGAAGUCUUGAGAUAUGUACAUUAUCAAGAAAUGAUUAUAUGGCAUUAUCACUGGCAAAUUUGGAAUAAGGACAUUGUGUUGAUAAAGCACAAAUGAAAUUUUGGCAAAUGUUAGUUAAAUAUACAUGCUUAUACAAAUUUUUGGAUACUACAUCUGAAAUUGCAUUAUUGUGAUGACAUAUAAGUUCCAAGUGCGAAAAAACAAAUUAAAGUAAUAGAAUUAAUAAAAAUGUUACCUAAGGGAAGUUCUUCUGAUUUUCAUGCAUGUUUGUAGAUCUAAUAUUAUGAUCAAAAAUAUGCGAACAAAUUCCUAAUAAAUAUAAGCAAUUAUAAUACCAUUUACUUUUAAACAUAUAUAAAUAUGUCUUGAAUAACAUUAUUUGAGAAAAACAAAUUUAUUUUCAAAUUUAAAAAUUGCACAAGUGUUAUAACUGUACAUUAUUCCAAAAAUGGCAAGGAAAAGCGAUAAUGUCAAGGCUAUAAAUAUUGCGGUUGUUGGACUUUCUGGUACUGAGAAAGAUAAAGGACAAGUUGGAGUUGGCAAGUCAUGCUUAUGUAAUCGUUUUAUGCGUUCUCUCAGCGAUGAUUAUAAUGUGGACCAUAUUUCAGUAUUAUCACAGUCGGAUUUUAGUGGCAGAGUCGUGAAUAAUGAUCACUUUUUGUAUUGGGGCGAAGUAACAAAGACUGCUGAAGAUGGUGCAGAAUAUCAAUUUCAAGUGAUAGAGCAUACAGAGUUUAUAGAUGAUGCAUCCUUUCAACCUUUUAAGGGUGGUAAGAUGGAACCUUACGCAAAGAGAUGUGCAGCAACUAAAAUUACUAGUGCUGAAAAACUUAUGUACAUCUGCAAAAAUCAAUUGGGUAUUGAAAAAGAAUAUGAACAAAAAGUUUUACCAGAUGGUAAACUGAAUAUUGAUGGUUUCUUGUGUGUAUUCGAUGUAAGUGUUGUGCCUAACAGAUUAAUCGAGAAACAAGUUGAAAUAGUAGCUAACAUACUAAAUAAUUUAAUGAAAACAAAAAAGCCUAUAGUUCUGAUCACAACUAAAAAUGAUGAUGCAAAUGAACAAUAUGUCAAAGAAGCAGAAAAGUUAGUGAUGCGUAAAGAAUAUAAGGGAUCUAUACUAAUAGUGGAAACUUCUGCGCAUGAAAAUAUUAAUAUUGACCUGGCCUUUAUGAUCGUAGCACAGUUAAUUGAUAAAACUAAAACGCGCAGUAAAGUGAUUCCUUACGCGGAGGCAGCUAGGGCUAGAAAAGAGUUAUUAGAUACAUCCACUGAAUCUUUGCAAAGAUUAAUUCGCAUACAUGUUACUGAUUUUCGUGCACUAUGGUCACAAGCAUCUAAAAAACUUGCACAACAUAAAGAAUUUUCAACUUUCAUAGAAUUAUUUGGAGUUGACGCAACACAAAGAUUAUUUAGAAGACAUAUUAAAAAACUAAAAGAUGAGCAGGUAGCAAAAAAAAUACAAGGAUACUUGGAUGUAUUACCAGAUGUUCUUCAUGAGAUAUGUCCUGAUAUAUCAAAUUUAAUGAAUGAGGAAUGGUCUGCAGUACAACAGUGUAUAAAAGAACAUCCUGACUUUCAUCAAUAUUUUUAUGAGUGUCCCGAGGAUAUACCUUGGAUUGAUUAUGAUUUUGGAGAAAAUAAUAGCUCUAAAAUUCCUUAUGACGUUUUAGAAACAUCAGAGGCUGAAACUGUUUUUAAAAAUCAUGUAAAUGCUUUACAACAAGAACAACGUCGAUUAGAACUUCCAAAAAGAUGGAAGAAACAGUUUAAGCAGUUAUUAGAAGAAACUGGUUAUGUUACACCUGGAAAACAAUUAUCUGAGGUUAGAGUACUAUUUAUGGGUAGAGAAUGUUUUGAAGCUCUUUCUCAUCAUGAUUGUCAGGAAAUAUAUGACCAACAUCAAAAAGAAAUAAUUGAAAAAGCAAAACAUAAUUUUCAAGAGUUAUUGUUAGAACAUGCUGAUUUAUUUUAUCACUUCAAAAGCAUAGCACCUUCUGGAACCAUUACACAGGAUGAUAUAAAAGAAAUUACGGACGCUUUACUAGAUGAUUUUAGGUACAAAGCUUUAGACAGAUUGGAUCAAGAUAGAAAGUUGAUGUUGUUCCAACACUUAGGAUUUGUUCACUGUCCUAUAAGAGAACAUUGUCCAGCAUACCCAAAUUGCAUGGAUGCUCUUAUAGAAAGGAUACUUGGUACAAAAGCCCACAGACCUUCAUCUUGGAAUCAUAGUAGUCAGUGGCAAUUAACAUCAGAUAACAAUCAAUUGAAUCUAGUUAUACUUGGAUGUAACGGUCUUGGUGAGGAAUUCGCUCGGGAAAUAAGAGCGCAAACAGAUGAUGAUGAAGUAGAAAUUGAUUGCCAAUUAUACACUUUGGGAUAUAGGAUUAUUGAUGGUGAUGUAGGAUUACCACACAAUUCUUUUACCACCUCAGAUUUCAUGCCACACGGAUCAUUUUGUAUAUAUUCAAAUGAGGAUUCGUUCGAAUACAUUCGUUCGUCAUUAGAGAAAACAUUACUUUCAAAUUUAGAACAAGAAGAUAGGUUACCGUUUCAAGGAUUACCUAUUGUUAUUAUGUUUUUACCAGAAUCAAGUAUUGAUGAUAUAGAAGCAAUACGACUCAGGGAAGAAGGACAAAAUCUUGCUGAUAGUUUGCAGUGUCCUUUUAUUGAUGUUUGCAUAGAUGAUUUAGAACAAGAUAAAAGAUUCCCAACGCCUUUGGUGAAAGAUGCUCUACAGCAACUUAUACAAUCUAUAAAUCAUCGAGCUGGAUUUUUGAAUAUUUACCAAAGUGUUAUAGAAUGUUUAGAACCAGACAUUAGAAUAAUAAUGUGUAUGUUCUGUGGAGAUCCUUAUUCAGUGGAAAAUGUUCUUGGACCUUUACUCAGUCAUCAGUGUUGUUUUCUCAGUGGAGAUAGAUCUAUUGUAUUGGAAACAUUUUUGGGGGAAUCCAAACGCAGAGUUGAAGUUAUUAUUUCGAGUUUUCACGGAGCAAAUGCAUUUAGAGACGAACUUGUACAUGGUUUCAUAUUGGUUUAUUCAACAAAGAGAAAAGCAUCUCUUGCAACUCUUAAUGCAUUUUCUAUGAACAUACCCAAUUUACCAAUACAAAUUAUGGCUGUGACUGAUACUGGAGGUGCCAAUGCUUUCUUCAGUAAUGAUUUGAGUCAUUUGCUUAUCACAGAAGGAAAUGCAACCGCAGAUAGAUUACAAGCACACUUCAUGACAUCUGCAUCAAGUUGUCAACAGAAAACUGCUUUUUAUACGCCCUUUUUUAAAGAGGUGUGGGAAAAAAAACCAGAAAUUGAGCAAGCAUUCAAUAUGGAGGAACCUGGUAAUUUAAAUGAUAGUGGUGAGGGUACAUUAGAAUACUCUGCUCUACAUCCAAUGCCACCACCACGACAUGAAAGCUAUCAUCUUCAAACGCCAGAUGAUGGUAUGUCUGUAACUUUCAGAAGUGGCUCAGAGUCGUAUGAACAAUUAACGCCGGAUGGUGAUCUUGGAGAUCCGGGAUUGACUGAACAAUUUGCUGAUAACAGAGCUAGUCCAAGUGAUGAUAGUGAUAUAUAUAGUCAAGUUGAUUUUUAUCGAGAAGAAAGGGAAAGAGAGAUGUUAAAAUCUGGAGACAUUACUAACAAAUUAUCCGGAUGGGUUAAAGAAACAUUUAUGCAUCAAGAUGGAGUAACAAAUAGCUAUCCUCAUAGAGCUUUUACAACAGGUAGACGUCAUAUUUCGCAAGCGAAACCACGGCCAAAAGGAAAUAGUCAAACGCUAAAGCAACCCGGAAAAAUUAAUUUAAAAGAUUUUUCCAAUGUAACAGACGCUAUAGCUAGAAUGACAAUAGGUGAAAAAGAUGAGCAUGGUCCUAAAGUAGGUCUGGGCCAUGCUCCUCUUGCUACACCUGAAUUGGUAGAUCUCGGAUCUGAAUAUGCACAGGUGAAAGACCUUGUUCCUAGUUUAUAUUCUACUUACGACGGUGACUAUAUGUAUGCGUUAGUGCAAGAUUCUGUUGGAAACAACAAAUCUAAAUUACGACAUAGACGUGAAAAAGGACAACCAUCUUACAGUGAUUCUGAUUCAGAAUGGAGUUCUUUAGAAAGACAAAAAGUAGUGGAUACUUUAGGAAAAGUAAAUAAGAAACCAUUAACGCAUAAAAGGAUACGUAAGAAACGUAUUCCUAUACCAGUUGCAACUCCAAAAGUGCCAUCAUUGGCAAGUAUGGGAAGUGGAGAUGGUAUUGUAGGAAUGAAUUAUAAUCUCAAAGAUGAUAAAAAUUGGAGAAUCGAUCCUGCAGAAAGAGUAUCUAGUGAAACUCCAGAUAGUUCUGAAUCAAGUGAUCCAGAACAAAUGUCAAGGGCCAGAUCAAAGCAAUACAAGCAUGCAGCAGCAAGUUUACGCAAAAGAUUUGGUAAUUCAUUACAACAACAGCAUUUAGCAGCAACAUUGCAACAUCCUUUUAAUACUAAACAUAUGGCUCAAGAUAUGUUUAGUGCUUCUUAUGAUGAAUCGAGCCUAGAUGUUUCAUCUCCGCGUGAAAUAAAUUCUCCUAGUUUUGGAAUACUCAAUAAAGGUAAAGAAGGUGACAAAUCAACACGGAAAAAAGAUAAACAGAAAGCAAAGGAAGACGAAAAAUUAGAAAAACGUAGGCAGAAAGAAGAGAAACUUAAGAAACACGCAGAGAAAGAAAAAGAAAGGGAAAAGAAAAAGCAGGAGAAAAUAAAGCAAACAAAAGGACCUAGUGGAACACCAAUUUCAGGUCAAAUACAACAACCAGUGAUAGAAGACUUUGCACAAAGCGAAACUAAUCGGAUACCAUUGUUUUUGGAGAAAUGUGUACGGUUCAUUGAAGACGAAGGAUUAGAUUCAGAAGGGAUAUAUAGAGUUCCUGGAAAUCGAGCGCACGUUGAACUUCUUUUUCAGAAGUUCGAAGAAGAUGGUAAUGUGGAUAUACAUUCUUUGGACAUUCCUGUAAAUGCAGUCGCAACAGCUUUAAAAGAUUUCUUUUCUAAGAGGUUACCACCACUCAUUGAUAAAGAGCGCAUGAACGAACUCGAAGAUAUAUCGGGUGCACGUGGCAUCAGUAAACCAAUGUCAGCGACUUGCAUGAAUAUGGAAGAUCGUAGUUGCAGACUGCUAGCUUUACGUUUGAUGCUUAAUAAAUUAAAUCCAGUAAACUUUGAUGUACUGAAAUUCAUAUUUCAACAUUUUGUCAAAGUGGCAGAAAAUUGCAAGUUAAAUAGUAUGGACAGCAAAAAUUUGGCCAUUUGCUGGUGGCCCACAUUAUUACCAAUAGAAUUUAAUGACCUUGGCAGAUUUGAAGCCAUGAGGCCAUAUUUAGAAGAUGUUGUGCAAACAAUGAUUGAUCAAUAUCCUUUUCUUUUUUGUGGAGAAGAGGCUAUCGUAAUGGUGUAGUGCAAAAUGUUAUUGCAGGAAUUUUUGGUUGUGUAAACAAAACCGAAUCUAUUUAAAAAGUAAUAUUAUAGUUCUCCUCAGAACUUGUUGCUUCUAAAAGAGCCUGAUGCAUGCUAACAUGUUAUCAGUGACAAUUACGCAGAAUGAUUGGUCUCAUUAUAGUUUAUAAUAUUUGUUUUGACGUAGUACAUACAUAAUACGAUUAAUUUAAGUAUGCGACAUAAAAGACCGAAUUUAUUUAAAUCUUCAUUUAUAUUGUUUAAAAUACAUGACCGAGCGGAAUGAUCGAAUGAUGAUCCUAAGACGGCUGUUUAUACAUCGGUUAAUAAUGCAAGUAAUUAUGUCAAUCCAAGUGUCAUAACAGUAUGCAUGUAUCAUGUUGGAUGUAUCCAAAACGAUGUAUUUAUUACUACGUAUUAGAUAUAAGACUUGAUAUUUGAUAAUAUCAAAUAAUUGUAAUGUCAAAAUUGAUGUUGCUUUUUCAUGUAGUUUAAGUAUCAUAUUGAAUUAUUUUACUAAUUUCAUAGAAAAAAAAAAAAAGAAACUGAUAUUCGUCGAAAGGGAAGUGGGGGACGCGUCUUUAUUAAGCAAAAUAAUUAUAUAAUCUUUAUGCGCAUUAUUUAUUUAGAUAUGACUUGUUUUGCCAGUAAUAGUAUCAAAUGCAACGUUUUCAUGUAAUGUCAUUUCGAUUGCAUUCUAAAAAUAAUUUUACUUCGCUCUAUAAAAAUUAUUUUUCAAAUGGUAUUUUCAAUCGCAUAAAUUUUAUUUCAAGUAGCGUUCAAUAAGCUGUAUGGUGAUAUAAUCCAUAUAUCUAUUCCGUCUAAUUGAAAACGAAAUAUUACAUGAGAUUACGGAAUUUAUAAAUAAGCAGUAAUAAUGUCAUACGGAGAGCAUUAAAUUGUUAACAAUAUACUUAUACGAGGCAGACUUUGAAAAUUACAAAAAAAAAAAAAAAAAAAAAAAAAAAAAAAGAAAAAAAAAAGAAAAAAAAAGCAGAUAUACAGCGGUGUUCUUCAAUAGAUUUAAAGUUAUCUAGGUAACUAUUCGAUUUUUUUGAACAGAGGUGUAUAUAGAAAUAUACUAAUGUAAGAUAUUAAAUUACGAACAACCAAGGCGAACUAUAGAAAAAUACUUUUAAAAAGGAAGAUAGAUCGAAUAAUAGACUUAAUUUUGUUUAUUAAGAAAUAUGUUUUGUGCCAGCGUAGCUAAUGAAACGUAUCAAUCUCUUAAAUAUGUACUUACGUAUUUGACAAAGUGCUGGUCAUAUUAUUAAUGGAACACAGAGAAUAAUUAUUAAUUGAUCCGCUGAUUCUGACAAUUUUAUAAUAUUGUUGGAAUCAUUUUUCUUUUUGUUUUUAUGCCUUUUUUUUGUUGCUACAAAUGUGCCAUAAAUAAAUCCGUAUGUUAGGAUUUUAAUAAUCAUACCUUUUUGGCGAGCCAUAUUUCGAAGUUGCACGUCGUUUAAGUGUAUAUGAAAGCGAAUGAAAAGAAUGAAAUACCGUUAAAAUUAGAAUUUAAGCUCAUUGAAUGCCAACAUUAGCACAAUUUUUCUAAUUCGAAAUAUAUAAAAAAAAUUUGCAUAAAAAGCGUCGGAGAUGGUUAUUGUUAAUUUUGAAUUCGUAGACGUGAAUUUGUAGCACGGCCGCGAUAUUAAAAGACACGUUAAAUCUUUUUUGCAAGACGAAAUCGCGAACACGGCCGCUUGCUUCAAAUAUACGCCUGUCGAACGCAUCGUCGCAUUUAUAAAAGAACAUUGUUAAUGAUAAUUCUAUAAAUGUGUGUGCGUGUAUGUCUCGCAAGCACACCUAAUAAACAGCGAAUCGUACUUACAUUCCCAUUUAGUAGUAAUCAAAUUUUAUACAUUCGUAUGUACGUAAUUAUAUAACGUUGUGAUAGGAAGCAAGGUGUAGUUGGUACGCACGAGAUCAAAAAAGCAUGAUUAAAUAUCCAUAAAUGGUCACUGCAUAUCGCAAGUAAUAAGAUAAUAUUGAAAAGUAAUCAUUCAUCUUAGCGAUCAUUAAUAUUUUAAAAAGAUUUGGCGAAUACUCAUUUAUACUCAUCAAAAUCAGUUCUCGGUGCGUGUUCCGCCAUCAUCUUGUCUUCUGACUGAAGCAAACUCACUUUUUUACGAUAAUAUCCGUUUAGGAUUCUGCUUUAAUAAAUCUCUUGCAACUGGACGUUCAA